GUCAAAGAGUUUCACGAGGCCGGCGCCUUACAGAUAGAGUUGACUUGAAGCGCGCUUGUGCUGGCGCGGUUGCCUUGGUGAAACUCGCGCGCCUUUUUCUUGUGCAGUCAUAGACGCUCUCAAGACGGACCUCUGAAUAUUGAGGCACAUUCUACAAUACCCGGAAGCGGAACCGGUUCAGGCGAACCUGCCAUCGCCCGCCACGGGAAUUUGUUCUUUCAGCGUGCGAAGUUGCGGCCACGCAGGAGACUCUUGAGCCCUUUCAUUUGGCCAUGUUGUUCCACACGGUCGCAUACUGCUAGUUGACUCAGGGAGUUGCACGGGCGAGCCAUGGAAUGUCACCCGUCUCCGAAGCCAUACAGGAGCAGAGGCUGAGAUACUAGCGUAAUCCAAGCGCUCGCAGACGCUGCUAGCAGGCAUUAACAUGGCCUCAGAACGAGACGCGCUCGGAGCUUCAACAUCAAGGCCGACACGGAGAAGAGGCGGGAAUGGACGCCGGAUCAGAGGAAGAAGGCUGGGAUAUGCCAGAACGGGUGCGUGGUGUGGAGGUACCACGGCCGUGCCAUGGGCAUUACCAGCUGCGGUGUUGCUGCUAGCAACCCAGGCGCUACUCGUGACGGGCUACUAUGUAUCGCUGCAAGAUAUUCCUGCAGCGGGGAGGACGUUCUGCGGCUUCAGCGAGAUUCGGCGGUACAAGGCCUGGUGCACGUCGUACAUUGACGGCUGGAUUGCGUCCAACCUGUCAUGUGUGGGCUACGGCGUGUGCAUACCACUGAACGGCGCCGGGAUGAUGAACUGCAACAACCAAACGCUGUGCCAUGAGCGCCGGACGGAUAUAGAUGAACCCAACUACAAGCCCGAGGCAGCAUGCCUCGUGCUUAGGCCUGCCGUGUCUAGCAACGUCACCGGCAAUGCCACCAGCAACACCACCAUGGCUACAGCUGCGGUGAAGUCGGUCACGUGCGACGUGGAGAUCAUAGGCACCUCGCCGAUAUACGACCAGCCGCCGCCGGCCCCCGAUGGCGUCUUCGUGUCACCGCCGCCUCCUGACAACGGCAGCAGCAGCAACUGGGCGCUGUGGAAGACCAUGACCAUCAUCUUCAGCAUCCUGGGAUUCUUUCUGUUGGUCAUCCUCCUGUACUUCCUUGUGCGCUACUGCAUGCGGCGGCGAGCCGACGCAAUGCGCACCACACCUGUGACGCUGCUUACGGACGUGAGCAAGAUGCAGCUACAGCAGCAGCCGCAGUACGGCAUGAUGCCCGGCGCGUACGGCAGCCCCAUGAUGAUGACAAACGGGAUGUACGGCACCGGCAUGGUGGCGCAGGGUGGUACGGCGGGCAUGCUGCCGUACAGCCCCACGCUGAGCGGCCCGGUCGACAUGACCGUAACGCUGCGUACGGUUGGCCCAGAUGGGAAACCCAUUAUGGCGAUCGGCUCGUCCCAUCCGUACCCCACGCCGCUAAACACUGUCGUUCACGGCAAUGGUGGCACGCAGCUACCACCAAAUGUUGGGGAUGCCCUGCUGACAGUCGCGGCCAGCAGCCGAGCCGCCUACCACAACGUCCAGACAGCGCCGGCGACCCAGAUGCCGCAGUCCCAGGGUCUCACGGCAAAUCCCCAGGGCACCGCCGCGGCAGCAACCUUUGGUGGCGUGGCCACGCCCUUUGGUGCCGUGCCGCAGGCGCUACAGCCGCUACAGCCGCUGCAACCGCUUCAGCCGUUGCAGUCGGUGGGGGCGGCAGCGACUGCCGCUGCAAUGCCGGCGACAGUGUCGCCGGCAGUGCUGUUGCCGCCGACUGCAGCAACGCUGCAGAAUCCGACUGCCAUUUCAGACGCCAACCGCCCAUCCUUUCCACUCUAAGGAGGCCCGGUCGUUCGCCCCCAUGCGCUGUGAGAAGCUGUGAUGUGUGUCAUGUGGGUAGGCGAAGGGCUGUCUACGGGCAGUCGGUGCGCACCGCGGCUGGCUGGAAGCAGGCGGGAGGCGCCAUGGCAGCAAGGCAUACCGUUGCUUCUUAACGGUGGUGGCAACUAUCGGUAGCACGACCAAGGAGCAAUCACGCCGUACAUGACAUGGAUAUUGAUGGACGCGUAUUGGGCGUGUUUAGCGGAUUAAGUUGAAUGCCUGACGAGGGGCUCGGCCGGGAUGGCACGGUGUGGGAAUAAUGCGGGUUACCCGCACAGAGACCAAGAGUCGUACGGUAUUCCUCAUGUCUACAAAUGUGAAAUUCGAAGUAUGUCAUACUAUGUGACUUGAUGAGACUACGACCCGGGACGUACGGUACGUGCGCGAUCUCCGAAUGACGAGGUUGGUUGGAGGCAUGACGUUACGCGCAAGGCAAGUGGCCCUUUACGCCAGAUCGAGUUGUACGCAUGUUAGUUAAAGUGUCUUGGGUAUGUAAAUUGUGAUGGUUGGGUUGGCGAGGGGAUUAUCAGGGCUGUGCCAUACGGUAUGUCCAAGAGGCAGCCGUGUGGAGGCGGCCGCACAUGUCCGUGCAUGUUGUGCGUGUCCGAAGCGAGCAGUCAGCAGCAACCGUGCAGGGUGCUGAGUGGAUUGCGAGGGGUAUGGCCGCUGGCUGCUUAGUGCUGAGCGCCUUCAUACCGUAGAGGGCGGCCGCGAGUGGCAGGAACCGGUGGGGGCUUGCUGCCACGAUGGGGGCGUGAUGAUGGGGCGACGAGGGGCCGGCACAGGACACAUUCCCUGUCCGCUUAAAGCGCCUGGAACUGCAUCGCAUAUACGAUAUAACUGCAACUUAUUUAGAGCUUUCCACUUCCAAGCUCUCUGCUUUAAGUUGCUUCCAUCCGUCU